AUGGCUUCACCAGAAAAAACAUCUCACGAAAAACCGCUCCUGGAAAUUUCGGGCUUAAAAACAGUCUUUCCAACAGACGAUGGUAUCGUAAAUGCCGUGAACGAUGUCAGUUUUAAAAUUGGUCGCGGGCAGACCGUCGGUGUUGUCGGCGAAAGUGGCUGUGGGAAAAGCAUCACCGGACUCUCGCUGCUUCAACUCGUGCCGUCACCGGGACAUAUCGAAGCCGGUGAGAUCCAAUUUUAUCGCAACGGUGAAGAUGACCCGUUAGACAUUGCACAGGUGUCGCCGAAAAGUGAAUUGAUGCGCCAAAUCCGCGGCAACGAAAUUGCCAUCAUCUUCCAGGAACCGAUGACCUCCCUCAAUCCAGUCUAUACUAUCGGAAACCAGAUUGCUGAAGCGGUUGCCUUACACCAGCAGGUUGAUAAAAAGACAGCACGCGAACGCGCAAUCGAGAUGAUUGCGCGCGUCGGCAUACCUGCACCUACACAACGCGUUGAUGAAUACCCGCACCAACUUUCCGGUGGCAUGCGUCAACGUGUUAUGAUUGCGAUGGCGCUCUGUUGCUCACCUAUGUUGCUCAUUGCAGAUGAACCCACAACCGCACUCGAUGUGACUAUCCAAGCGCAGGUCCUCGGUCUCAUGCAGGAACUUCAAGCGGAAAUGGGGAUGGCAAUUAUGCUCAUCACCCACGACCUCGGCGUUAUCGCUGAUCUCGCUGAUGAAGUCGUUGUCAUGUACGCAGGGCGCGUCGUCGAAAAAGGCACCGUUGAUGACAUCUUCUACAACCCUCUGCAUCCCUACACGCAAGGAUUGCUAAAGUCUAUACCUGUCCUCGGAAGAACGCCGCAGAGAACCUUGCCCUCCAUACCGGGAACAGUCCCACACCCCUUGACACUGCCGUCGGGGUGCUCGUUUCAACCCCGGUGUUCAGAACGGAUGCCAGAAUGUGAGCGGAUGCCAGAACUCGCAGUCAAUCAAUGA